AUGUCCGCGCCCAUCGACAGCCAUCGUGUCAAGGACGACAUCAAAAAAGCCUACGAUGACAUUGCCCCCGUUUACCUGGACUGGACGCAAUCAACUCACCAACGACGACUUUCCUACCUCGAGGCCAUGCUCAAACAUCUCGAUUCCGCAGAGGGAGCCCGAGAAAGGAAUAUCCUUGAGCUAGGUUGCGGCGCCGGCGUGCCAUGCACGCAACUCCUCGCAUCCCGUGCAAACACCUGCGUCACCGCAAAUGAUAUAUCGGAAUCCCAAAUCGCCCUGGCACAGGAGCGGCUGCCGGUGUCCGUGAACCUGAUACAGGGGGACAUGAUGGAGCUAGAAUUCAGCCCGGGGCAGUUCGAUGCCGUGCUGGCCCUCUAUUCCAUUCUACAUCUGCCCCGUGAAGAACAAACGGCGAUUCUGCGCCGCAUUUGGGGUUGGCUCAAACCGGGGGGUUGGCUUCUCGCCAACUUCGCUGCUACUGCGUUUGCGAGCGAGUCGGAUUCGUCCUGGUUGGGCGGUACGAAAGGGGCUGUGCAUUGGAGUGGGUGGGGGAGAGACGAGACGAGGAAGAUUUUGAUAGAUCUGGGCUUUGAGCUGGAGAUUGAUGAGGUUGCCGUGGAUGCUGAAGACGACAAGGGAGUGCUGCGGAACGUGGAGUUCCACUGGGUCUUAGCCCAAAAGGGAUCGAUAUGA